CAUCAGACAAUCCAUGGCUAAGACAAUGGCCUCAAGACAUACACUCAACACACUUGAGGUCCGAUUGAAUGACAUUUGGAUCAGUUGUCAGAAAGAGAUGUUAGAAAUGAAAGACAAAAUCACACAAAUGUCUAUUUGUCUUCAGACAUCGGAUCAGGUCAUCACUCAUAUGACAAAAAUCAACGAAACUCUUGUGGAGAUCAUAGAGAAGUGUCACUUCAAAGACCACAUGAGUCCAGAGAUGGACGCAAUGGUGGAUGUGAUCCGAAAACAGGAGGAAUGCGUUGACAAACAAAAAGACAAUUUACUCACACUUAAGAUGACAUUGAAUGCCAACAAUGGACACAAUGUUAUGGAUCUGAUCCACAGUUGGAGACAAUGCAUACUAACAACCGAUAAAUGCAUUCAAACCACCGAAGAGUUGGUAAACAGUGUCCCAAAGAUUGAGAUAAAAGAUGAGAGAAAUACUGAAGACAUUGACGCAAAGAUCAGCGAAACUAUUGAUUGUGUCUUAAAUAUCAUUAAUAAACCCAUUGAUGGCAUUGAAUCCAUGGACUCAAUGGAGGCCACAGACAUGGAUGGCGGCGGCGGUGCCAGUGAUGCCGGAAGUGUUGUCUCAUUUAAUUUAGACAACAAUAGCGACAGCAAUGACAGUGACUUUGAAGUGAAGACUAAAUUCUUAUCAAAAAGUGUCCGAAAGAGAGUCAAGAGAAGCGGUUCCCGAUCGGCGGCGAAGAGGAGAGCCAAAUGGCCAUCAGAUCACGACAAACGAAUCGAAUCGCUCGUACGGCCGGAUCACCUUCAAGACGACCAAUACGUUUGCGACGAAACCAACUGUCACUUCAAGACCACAGAUCGGCUGCGUUUCUAUAACCAUCUGCGAAGACAUCCAUACCUUCACAAACCCAACUACAAGAGGAGCGAAAUGAUCGACGAUCUGGUGAUGUCGAUGCGCGACGAGUCGGCCAACCUAUACGUGUGCGACCGACCGGACUGUACGGUCCAGUUGUCGAACAAACGCGAGUUUUAUAAUCACGUGCGAAGACAUGUGACCGCUGGACACGCCGUACAGCUCGACGACAACGACGCGGCCGAACGGUUGCGGGCGAAGAAUCGCCGCAAACAAGAGCUCAUCGAAACGAGUGUCGCGAAGUACAGAGUGGACGACAAGUACGCGUGCGAUGUCGUCGACUGCGGCUUCACGGCCACCAAGAAGAUGCUGUUUUACCGGCACUGGCGGCUACACAACCCGUUGCCGGCGCCCGAGUCGGCGAUGUAUGACCAGACGCUGGAGCGGCCGUACAUUUGCGAUUGGCCGGAAUGCGGCGCCGCCUAUAAACUGCAUCAACACCUGAAGAAACACAAACUGAUUCAACACAUGAAUAUACUGGAGUUCGCGUGCAAUUGGCCCGGAUGUGAAUAUAGGACGCACUCCAACCACUCGCUCGGUGUACACCAGCGCACCCACACCCAGGAGAAGCCCCGCGCCUGCACGUGGCCGGGCUGUGAGUUCCGGUGCUCACAGAAGUGGUCACUCACCGCACAUAUGCGCACCCAUACCGGCGAUAAGCCCUAUCACUGUCCGUACCCGGAGUGCGGCUUCCGGUGCGCCCAACCCUGCGCUCUGACCGCUCAUAAACGCAAACACACCGGAGAGAAGCCCUACGCUUGCGAUCAAAGAGGCUGUGGUAAACGGUUCGCAACUCUGGCCGGCAUUCAUAUCCACCGCAAAAGUCAUAUAUCUGUCGAUACAACGAGUUGUGGCCCAAAGAGCAAAGCAAAACGUGCGGUAAAGUCACGGAAAUCGGCGGACAGCGAGCGGACAGUCGGUGCCAAACGAAAGCCCGAUGAAAGACUUAAGGCUAUGGCCAGUGGUAUAACCACUACACCUCUAUUGACUCAAUAG